AUGAGCAGGGCUCUUUUACGAAGGGCUGCAUGCCCUUCAUGUCACCAUGAGGUUCUUCGAUCCUUCCUUGCUGUUACAGGCGUGCCGAUGCCCCGAUAUACCUACGUCCUACGUCCCAGCUUCAAUUCCAGGGCUUUCUCCGCAGUAGGAUCGUUGCGCUCUGAUCCACCCCCUGUCUCGAGUAUCCCAGCGAUCAAUACGUCGCCGGCGGAAGAAGACUCUGUGAAGUCAGAAACAAGCACGCCGGCUACAUCGCACGCCCCCUGGUACUUGCAGGAAGAACAGCAAGCUACCGAGGAGCGCCCUGUACCAGGUGAUCAUAUUCCAGAGAUCCCCGAAAAUUCCCCCGAAAUACUCCCCGUCCUUCUCGACUACACGUACAAGGACCUUGGCUUGGAUCAACUGAAGCUCUUCGACUUACGAGGCCUUGAUAUUCCUGCGGCAUUGGGUGCCAAUGUGAUCAUGAUUGUCGGAACAGCGCGCAGCGUGAAGCAUUUGAAUGUUUCAGCUGACCGUCUUUGCCGGUGGUUGAGAAGCAAGUAUAAGCUUUCCCCAUAUGCCGAUGGACUGCUGGGACGCAAUGAGUUGAAGAUCAAACUCCGUCGCAAGGCCAAGCGGGCGCGUGCGGCGAGCCACGCUGGCACCACCGUCGAUGAGAAGGACGACGGAAUUACCACAGGCUGGAUUUGCGUGAAUGCAGGCGUGGUGGACAGAAACGCGGCGAAGACAGAUCUCAAGGAUGCUGGAUUUGAAGGCUUCGGGCAACUGGAAACUGGCACGAACGUGGUGGUCCAGAUUUUCACGGAGGAGAAAAGGGCUGAUCUUGAUCUGGACGGUUUGUGGCAAAAGACUUUGGAGCGGGCUGAGCGAAACCGGCUGCGGGACGAGUCCGAAGCAGAGCCCAGCAAAGAGUAUUCAACAAGCAACCGCCCAUCUUUUGGAGGCAUCGGUAAUUCCAAUGGUCAGAGGAGGAGCAUGCAUACCGCUCGCCGCACUGUGAGCCCCGGCACUGAACACGAAACAUUGAGUCUGGAUGCUGCUUUGGCUGCGACCUCCGCCACAGCGGAAGCUCCUGGGCUCGAAAUGAGCACGGAUUCCUUGCUUCGCAUGCUGGUCUCGCUUCCUCACGAAAAUGCCAGAGCUGAGCUCGGAACUGGUCCUGACGACUACAAGUCUACUGUUUUCCUGCAGCUCCUCUAUGCCAGCCUUACAGCUGACAUGUCCGCUCGAGAUAUCGCAGUUCUUCGCAUGAAGCUGUACUCUAUUGCAGUCUCUCGGCAACAUCCAGCAUAUAGCAAGGAUGCUUUGUUCAAGGCCUUCAGCGAACUUCUUCAGGAUGGGUAUGAGCUGGAAGACGACCUCGCAUUCGAUGCGGUUGGUGCACUGUUGGCGCCGCGGUCAGCUCAGGACCCGAACGAUCAGCCUGUAAACUACCUCCCGCAGGAGGAUAUUGAGCUUGCCUUGCAGGUCCUUGAUCGUCUCAGCUUGCGUGGCGUGCCGAUUUUUAACUUCAAAAUUUUCAACAUGCUCUACCGAGUAGUCGACACUCCUACGAAACCGCCCACAGUGCCUUCAGAAGAUCAGGAGCCGCUAGACCAGGCUACGAGUGGUAAAGAGUGGACCAAGGCUCAGCGGCUCAUGCUGAACCGGCUAUCGAAGAUUGUUUCGGCCGCGGAGGUUCCAUUCGACGUGGAAGAGGCACGACAGCUGAUGUUGACCCAGUUUCGAUGCGAGGAUUAUGAUGGUUUCUGGCGUAUCUGGCGCCAGUUACCCCUGAAAGGUGCUUGCCGCACGCAAGAGGACUACCGGCAACUGUUCCAGCUGCACGCAGACCUCGGCGAAGAGGGUCGCGCGCGAGACUGUCUAUCGACAUGGGUACCCAUGAUGGAUCGAGAGUCUACCGCCGUUGAGCUGAAGGGUCCUAUUGUGACUUCUAUCAUGCAUUGCCUGCUGGUGGCAGACCCGAAUAUCCAGAACCGGGUCGAUGAUGGGUCUCCCAGCUACUUCCUGGACCUUUGGAGACGAUGCCAGAAGGCGCUUGUACAGCCCAGCUUUUGA